GGAGAACGUGCUGCGGAACCUGGGCGACAAGGCUUUCGACAGGCCCAUCUGUGAGGCCCUCCUAAACCAGAAGUUUUUCAACGGAAUUGGGAAUUACCUCCGCGCUGAGAUCCUCUACAGGUUGAAGAUCCCCCCCUUCGAAAAAGCCCGGACCGUGCUGGAGGCCCUGAAGGAUCAGGAGCAGAAUCCUUCCCUGACACUGAGCAGGAAGCUGAAGCUGAUGCGGGAGAACCCAGACCUCCUGGAGCUGUGCCACACCGUGCCGAUGGAGGUCCUCGCGGCGGACAAAAACCUCUUUGACCCGGAUCACUCGGAUAACUACGCCGCUUUCAAGAACUGGCUGCAGUGUUACCUGGUGCCCGGCAUGAGCUCCCUGCGCGACCGCAAUGGCAGGACCAUAUGGUUCCAGGGAGAGCCUGGCCCCAUGGCUCCCAAAGGGCAGACAUCCCGCAAGAAACGAGCUCAGGUGAAGGCAGAUCCCGAGGCUCCGACCCCCGAG